GCAGCUAUGACAUGUUGACUUCUACAAAGCUCAUGGUAAAAAUAGAACUGUUUAAAAAGCAAUUUAAAAACUAAGAAAAAAUACUUGCAGAAAUUCGUUCAGAUGCCAUUUAUAUAAUGAGUUACUGCAUAGCUGAUUAUUUUGUGUAGGUGUUAACUUUUGCAGUGGCCAGUGUUAAAAGAUAUACUUUCCUUUUAAUGUCUCUCUUCAAAUUGAAGUGUUGUGAUAUUUAACAUGUUUCAUGUAUAUAAAGAUUGAAAACCACCAAAGUUUUAUAGAAGUCAAUGAUGCUUUAAGCAGAAUUAGAACAUUAACAUUGCAUCAUGUUCAUGAAUUAUCAUUUACACAGAAACAUGAUUGAAUCAGUAAUCGGAUGAAAGGUGUAUGUAUCUACAUAAAACAAGUGUCAUCAUUGACAGAUACAAGUAUUCACAAUUCAAAUUUGAUUAAGAAAGUGCAAAUCAAACCAAUAAAACUUAUUAAAUAGGAUACUGAUUUUACACCUUUGAUCUCCUGCAUUUUUGAUUUUCAAUGCCAUAAUGAAAGUACUCCCAGAUUUUCAUCCAAGACCCUCUAAACUUUUUUUUAUCAACUUCCAUUUUCAACAUGGAACCAAUCCAUAACUGUAACUAACAUAACUUAAACAGUAAAAUUGACAUUCUGUCUGCUUUGAUUAAAAAAAAAAUGGAUGAAAAUCAGGACAUAUUUUCGUUGUGGCCAAAGUGAUUUUAUAUUUACAAAUCUAUUGUGAAAGUUAGUUCCUCUGCAUUUUUGAACCUGCAGGUGCAUGUUAACAGCAUUAUAUUCUGUGUGGUAUCAUGGGCAAUAAUAUUUCAUUGUAGUAAUAUAAAGUAUAGAAAGUUAGUAUUUUACAUGUCAAUUGCUUAUAUCCAUUGUCAUUUGAAAUCUGGUGUAUAGUUGUCUCAUUGGCAAUCAUAACACACCUUAUUUUUAUAAUGUGAAAGGAGUAGGUCCGGUAAGGGCCGAUUAUGGCCUCAAAAUUCAGGUUCAUCUGAUGAAAGAUUUUGGACACUUUUAAAACACUUAAGUGUCUACUUCAGUUGAUUCAAUUAGUUUAUCUGAAAGAUUUGAACUGAUUUAGUCAUUAAAGACGCUCAAAUUCAAGCUUUAAUAUGAAAAAUCUAUCAAAUAUGCCAUAAUAUGUCACUUUUCAGAUGGUUUUUGUCAAAAAUGAAAGUGGCUGCAUCCGUGUUCAUUCUCAACCUUUAUGUAUGUUAUGUAUUAUCAUCAAAUACAACUUACAUUUAAAUAUUAAGAAUGAACACAAAUGCGGCCACUUCCAUUUCAGAAGAAAACCGUCUAAAAAUUAACCAAAAUGCUAAAAUUUCGAGGUUUCAGUAAUUUAGCAAGACUUAAUGAUGCUAGUACCCGAUACAUGUGCAAUGUAUUGUCAAAAACAGCCCAUGUUUAUGUAACAGAAGUAUUUUUCUUUCCAAUAAAUAGCUAAAAAUUUAAAUUUUUUAUAAUUUUGUAAAACUGCUAUAUUUUGGGGCCAAAAAGGGGUCUUACCGGGCCUACUCCUUUGACAGAAAAAGACACUUUUAUCAUGCAAAACCAAAUUGUUAAGUAUAAUAACAAAUCAAGGGAUACCACAAUGUUUUUGCUGUUAUGAAUUUUUCUUUGCAUUUGGUGUUUUUUGCUUAAGAUUCUAUAUAUUCAGAUGUAUAUAUAUAUAUAAACUGAUUUUCUAUACUCAAUAUUACACCAAUAUUACAUUCCAAUAUGUAGAAUAUUUAGUACCUUGAUCACAUGCUGGUGUAGAAUAUCUAGUUCCCUGAUCACAUGAUGGUCUAUUUCAGGCAUACCACAUCCUAAAAUGCUUUGGACUUUCAUAGCUUUAUUCCUGUAUCUGGAGAUCUUCCUCUCAGCUAUCCUAUUAAUCCCUUUUAUCCCACCAUCCAGAUGGCAGAAGAUCUUUCGAUCCAACUUAAUAAAAAAGAUAGAGUCAUAUUCACAUAUCUACUUCAAUGUAUUAAUAGCAAUACUGUCAUUAGUAUUUCUAGAGUCCAUCAGAGAAAUGAGAAAAUAUAAUGAAGCUUUGGAAGAGGUUGAUUUAAAGAACAACAGAGAAUCAGAACUAGCAGCACAAGUUAAACUGUUUCGUGCUCAAAGAAAUUUCUACAUUUCUGGAUUUGCUCUUUUCAUGUGGUUUAUAUUAAAACGUCUUGUAACACAGACAUCAAAACAAGCUCAUUUAGAGGCAGAAUGUGAAGCCAGUCAGAAACAAGCUAAACAGGCCAGUGCUGCAGCACAGAUAUUGCUUGAUCAGGCUGAUAAUACUUCUAAUAAGAAAAAAGAGGAUAAUGACACAGAGGAAGAAAAAAGUUUAGCUCAACAACUUGAUAAAACAAAGGAGGAUCUUGUGAAGACCAAAAUAGACUUGAAGAAAGCAGUUAGUGAUCUAGAAGCUGUACGCAAACAAGCUGAAGGAACAAAUAGAGAAUAUGACAGAUUGAUGAAGGAACACUCUAAAUUACAACAAACGGCAGGAGAAACCAGCAGUAAAAAAGAAUAAGACAUUCUGAGAGAAAGAUAGGAUUGGAAAAGGAUAUUUAUAUUGUAGCUCUCUGUGCAUAGUCAUUAACCUUGUUACUUUUUGUAUAAUGGGCAACAUUUGGAAUGCAAUUUGUGAUUUUUUUGUAGCUUUGAUUAGUUAUCUUUUGAUCCAC